AUGAAUCUCCUGAUGCUGACCUUCAUUAUAUGUGGGUUCCUAAAUCUGGUGACCAAAGCUGGCUGGAAAGUUGAAAGAUGCUGGAAGAAUAAUAUAGGACACUGCAGAAAACGAUGCUUUCAUGUUGAGAGGUACAAGCUUCUUUGUAUGAACAAGCUAACAUGCUGCAUUCCCAUAAAAGAAGAUCACGGAUACACUAAAAUACCACCACGUCUUAUACCCUUUGAAGAAGAGAUAACUACUGAUAUUAAUACUUGGGAAUUUUUUUCAAAUUCCCCUGCUUCUUUUUUGAAUGAUGAGUUCAUACCUGACUCAACCAAACCCACAGAAAGCCUAGUAACUGAGACCUAA